AUGAACACAAAAACCACCAUUUUUACAACUCCAAAAUGGUCUUCUUCUUCAAGAAGAACUCCUUCACUUUCUUCUUCCCCUUCAAUUUCCUCAAAUUCAUCUUCUUCUUUUAGAUCUUUCUCCCAUGAAGAAGAUGAUUCUCCACCUCCAACUCCAACACCUCCUCAAAGAAUCCCAUUUUCAUGGGAAUCGAUCCCAGGAAUCCCUAAACAUCAAAUCAUCAAACGACUCGAUUCUUCGAGGAAAUCGAAUUAUCUUCCCCUGCCUCCUGCAGCUUCCCCUGUUUCAGGCACUACUAAAUCAAGUUACAAAAAACAUAUUAUUAGUAGGAAAGAUCCUUUCUUUGCUGCCCUAGUCGAGUGCUCGAAAGACGACGAUAACGAUAACGACAACGACGACGACAAAGACGUGUUUCGGAGCAUUUGGAAAGAGCCUGCUAAGAGUUUAAGUCAUAGAUUUGGGUUUGUGAAUUUGUCAUGUAAAAAUACUUGUUCUGUUGCUGAGUCUUUGGUUUUUCUUCCAAGAGAACAGCCUAGGAGAAUUUCUUACGGUUUGGUUAAAAAACGGUCAGGGUAA